AUGUGGGCAUCUCCUGCCCUAGCCGUCGCAACAACGGCAGUUCUAGCUGUAGAUUGUGUUCUGUGCAGUGCUGUUGAAGCUGUUCCGCAAGAAUGGCAGGCUGCGUGGCCCGCUGAAGGACUACGCGCCUUUUUCGAGCCGAGCAAGCAUCCCGAUGAUCCAUUUGCACAUCCAGAGACUUCUAAUGGGACUCAAGAAACAGCGGAGAGAGGAAUAAUUAUGCAGCCCAGCUGGCUUCCCCCCCCACGGGAGAUUCAGCAGGAAGGAGGGCAAAGGGAGAUCGAGACAUCUGAGGAGUCGCCCAGUCCUACUGAGACUAUGAGAUAUCAUCGGGGAAAUCUGUUCAGAGUUUUGAACGCUUGUCUCUUUAUUAUGUUGAUGGCAUUCAUAGCGAAGGUGCUUUCCACUCAAUUCGAACAGAAAGCAUUUCCUUUUUGCGCUCCAGGUGCAUUGUCUUCCCAGAGCUCCUCGAGUGGCACUGUACGCAGACCUUCAGAGUCGCGUGGUGCCACAGCAAGGGAUAAGUACAAAACUCCGGAAGGGAGCUACUUGCACACCUUAGAAACUGAAGCUGGCGGGCAAAGUGAGCAGAUUUCCAACAUGAGGUUGGAGCUCUAUGAGACCACAGUCUCGCUGAUAUCAAGCUUCAAACGUGCGGCCCGAAGGGUAGAAGCUUGGGCCAAGAAGUCGGAGAAUGCGCUGCUCAGUGGGAGAGCAGAGGGUGGAGGUAACCCCAGUGGAUUCUCGGCGUCGCGGUCUCUGGCGGCGCAUGUUUCGGCAAUUGCGUCUUCACUGGCGCAGAACGUCACUACGCUUUGCAGCAGCUUGGAAGUGGCUGGCGUUGCCGUCAAAAAUGCAAGGACAGCGGAACAGGUCGGGGAAGCAGCAGGUCGCAUGAGGAAGUUGCUGCGAGCUGUGGCAAACAUAGGCGAAAGUGCCGCCUCUGAGUUUGCUCAUACUGCGGAGCUGACUACUACCAUGACCAGCCAAGCGCGAACACUUCUUGAUUUGUAUCCAGAGAUAAGUAUAGUGGUCAACUCCUUGUCGGCACCGCUACUCAUGCCGGGGAGAGACAGUCUGACAAGCUCAGGAGGAGCCACAGGGACUCUUGAGAAAGAGUCGGUAGGUCAGCUAAAGGUGUUUCUUCGUGCAGUCGAUGCAGCGGAAUCUUAUAAUCGAAGUAGGCUACAGUGGAUCGUUCGUGACUCUUUCGGGGAUGCCGAUUACGAAUUCUUGACGCAGCUGUUAUCUGAAGCUCUCCAGUACCAGGGAGAAAUGCUUUCAGCUGUGAAAUCAUUUAUUAACAGUCGUCGUUUCGCAUCACCGGAGGCGCUCUUCACGGAUCGUGAAGUAGCGUCCACAAUGAAAAAGUUACAGACCAUAAAGACGAAGGAAGCUUCAGUAGGUGAGGCGCUGAAGCGCGAAACGAGCUUUUGCGUUGAGCGGGCACUGGAACAGUUGGAAGCAGGCCGUACUUUACUGGCGCAAAAUGGGAGUAAGCAUUUGAGCAGAAAGAUGCAUCCCCUCCUAGCCCUUUCCGAAACAGCCAGGAAGAACUCAGACAGAUUAGAGGCGUUGUUGACUGAAUGGGAGAAACGGACUACCGCUGUUCACCAGUAA